AUGCGAGUGCACACCGAACAAGUUCUUGAUUUUCUUGAUGGCAUGAAAAUGAGCGAAAAGCGACGGUAUCGCGAGUGGGAGCGAGCUGAAGCUAAUCUGUCUAGGUCUGUCUGAUU